UUUCUCUCUACAGAAACAAAGGGGUGACGGCGUGAAGAAGAGACGGAGAGGGGUGAAAGGUGGACAAAGGACCCUACUGAGAGGCGGAAGAGCUGGAAAGAAAGAAGGAAUAAGAGAAGAGGGAAUGAUGUCGGAGAGGAUAGCUUCGUGUGGGAGCCUGUAUGACAGCACCAACCUGCUGCUACAGUACUGCAACAACGAUGACACCGUGUCGGCCGGCAGUAACAUGGACAUGGAGGACCGAGUCUCCCACCUGGAACAGAAGCUGCAGCUGCAGGAGGAUGAGAUCCAGCUGUUGAAGGCAGCUCUGGCUGACGCCCUGCGUCGACUGGGCUACUGUGAGGAGCAGAGCGUAGGCGUCAAUGCUGCUGGGCGGAGACCUCUGGCCACCACAGCUUCAGCACCACCUACCAAGGGUAAUAAAGUGCGUCAGCUCCUGCAGGCUCUUCCCUCCAGACCUCUGAAUAAUGGCUACGUUCAACAGAAACGCCUCCUCUCCUCCCCUUCCUCUCCUAAGAAGGAGGUGCUGCAGUCCAUUAAGAGGAAAAGUAUGUCCACAGAGCGUCUCACCCUGGUGAGGAGGGAGAUGGGAGCGGAGAGUCGGAGUCGUACCACCUCCUCCAGCAGCUCCUCCGGAGGCAAAAGCAAAACCAAAGAAUGCACCUUCAAUGCAGAUGACGGCUACGUGAGAAUGUUCCUCCGAGGUCGUCCCGUCACCAUGCACGUCCCGGAUCAGCAGAGGGAGAGCUACAGCCCGGACCACAAGGUGGCGCUACCUGACCGCAAGCUCAAACUGCAGUGGGUGUACGGCUACCGCGGACGUGACUGCCGCUCCAACCUCUACCUGCUGCCCACAGGAGAGAUCGUCUACUUCAACGCCUCUGUGGUGGUGCUGUACAACACAGAGGAGCAGCAGCAGAGACACUACCUGGGUCACAACGACGAUGUCAAAUGCCUGAGUGUGCAUCCUGACAUGGUUACCAUAGCAACAGGGCAAGUGGCUGGAAACUCUAAAGAUGGAAAGCUGCUGGCUCCUCAUGUUCGUGUUUGGGACUCUGUGAGCCUCAACACGCUCCAUGUGAUCGGGAUGGGAGUGUUCGACAGAGCGGUCACCUGUGUGGCUUUCUCCAAGUCGAACGGCGGCACCUUCCUCUGCGCUGUGGACGAUGCCAACGAUCACAUCCUGUCGGUCUGGAACUGGCAGAAGGAGAAGCAACUGGCUGACGUCAAGUGCUCCAAUGACUCUGUACUUGCUGCUGUGUUUCAUCCCAUGGAUGCCAACCUGGUUGUCACCUGUGGAAAGUCUCACAUCAACUUCUGGACCAUGGAGGGCAACACUCUUACCAAGAAGCAGGGCGUGUUUGAGAAACAUGAGAAGCCAAAGUAUGUGUUGUGUGUGGCGUUUGCUGAGAAUGGAGACGCCAUCACUGGAGACUCCAGUGGGAACAUCUAUGUCUGGGCCAAAGGUGGUAGCCGCAUCAGCCAGGUGGUGUCGGCGGCCCACGAGGGCGGGAUCUUCUCCGUUUGUGUCCUGAAGGAUGGCACGAUGGUGUCUGGAGGAGGGAAAGACCGCAAGGUGGUGCUGUGGGGCCACGACUACAGAAAACAGGCGGAGAUGGAGGUGGGAGAGGCGCUCGGGCCUGUACGGGCUCUGGCUGAAGGUAAACCUGGAGAGCUCUUCGUAGGAACCACCAAGAACGCCAUCAUCAGAGCCGCCUUCCCUGAUACAUUAACUCCUAUUGUACAGGGUCACACAGAUGAGCUGUGGGGUCUGGACAUCCAUCCCUCCAUGGAGCAGUUUGUCACCUGCUCCCAGGACAAGCAGGUUCACCUCUGGGACACCAACUCCCAUCAGCCCCUCUGGAGCAAGACCAUCGAGGAUCCAGGGAGGGCUGCAGGUUUCCAUCCCAGCGGGGCUGUGGUGGCUGUGGGGACCAUGACCGGAAGGUGGUUGGUGCUGGACACCGACACCCAGGAUCUUGUUUUUACGCAUACAGACGGCAAUGAGAUAAUUUCCAACAUCAAGUACUCUCCAGAUGGUAACUUCCUGGCUAUUGCUUCCCAUGACAACUUUGUUUACAUCUAUGCUGUGACGGAGAAUGGCCAAAAGUACAGCCGUGUGGGCAAAUGCACUGGUCACUCCAGCUUCGUCACCCAUCUGGACUGGUCUGCAGACAGCCAGUACCUCGUCACCAACUCAGGAGACUACGAGAUCCUCUUCUGGGAGGGAUCCAGUAGUAAACAUGUGACCAACAUGGAUACAGUGCGCAACCAGGAGUGGGCCACUUACACCUGCACUCUGGGCUUCAACACUUUUGGAAUUUGGCCAGAUGGCGCUGACGGCACAGACAUCAACGCUGUGUGCAGGUCACAUGACGGAUCCCUGUUGGCCUCUGCCGAUGACUUUGGCAAAGUGCACUUGUUCUCCUUCCCCUGCUCUCAACCAAGGGCUCCGAGCCAUGAGUACGGUGGCCACAGCAGUCACGUGACCAACGUUGCCUUUCUGCACGACAACAGUCACCUGAUCUCCACUGGUGGGAAAGACACCAGCAUCCUGCAGUGGGUGGUCUAGGAAGUGCUUCUCACCCACAUCUCUAAUCCCCCACAGGCGUGGUUCAGCAUCCUCUCGCUCUCUCAUCUCUUCACUGUUUUACCCUCCUGCCACCAGGGGGCAGUAUCUCCACUGUGCCUACUGGAAAUUUAAUAAAAUAAAAACACACACACACACAACUUGACCCACAAAUGUCACCCUGGAUGAGAUGAUGAGUAUCAUUGUAAUAAAUGGAAUAUUAUUUAGUGUCCUACUGUUUGUAAUAGAAUGUAGAGAAAAUGACUUGUUGCCAUGCAGGAAAUGAAUCCUAACUGUUCCCCAAAAAACUACUGCAACACCAACCGGCUGCAAGCUGCUGGUGGUGUCGACACAGUUAACCUGUGAUUUAGCGUUAGUACUAACUGUGCCUAAACUGUAUUUAUCUUAGCCCCCUUUAAUGGGAACUACACCUACUUUAAAGGACAACUGUUUUCAAGUUUUAGCUUGUUAAUUGCAAAUCAUGUACACUUUACAGUUUUGACUAUUUGACCAGGGUAUUUAUUUUUAUUCUUUAAAGCAUUGGUUUCCAUAAAAUUAAUUUAGCACUAGAUCAGCAUCAAGAACAAGAAUGUUCGAUUGACAGAAAAUAUUGCGGAAUCAAUGUUUACUGUAAUUAAUGAAGUACCUAAAAUGACUAAAACAGCUUGGUUUGUAAUAUACUGUGAUGUAAAGUGUACAAGAUUUGAAAUAAUAGGGUUAAAAUUGCCCUUUAAGAAUUCAUGUAAUGUCUGCACCCCAGGUGAGCGCAAUAGAUUCUUGUGAACAUGCUUCUUUCCUGAAGACACAACUCGCAGAGAUAGAUCUUCAGACGUGUGAAGAACUUGCAGUGAUGUAAACAGAAUUUAACCUUGUCGUGUGUGAUAUUCUCAAGUCAAUGUUCCUGUCCAUUAACUUUUAGCUUUUAGCUAAAGAUUGAUGAAUGUUUGGAAGAAUUAACUGACCUCUCCUGGGGUAAAGGAUGAUUGUAUUAGAAUUCAUAGGAUGGGUGGUAUCCCGCUUUUAAAAUUCUUAUAAUAACCUCAUUGCCUUGUUAUCUAACACUGUUCCAUCCCUCAGCCUCAUAUCCAAACAGUUUAUGGUGCAUAUUGUAAGUAUUACACAUUACUAUUGGAGAUUGUAAAAGGUACGAAGUGGCUGUUUUGUCCCGAGCCUCUCACUAUACCCCUCCUUUCUGAUUGUACUACUACUGUAACUGUCACUAGAUGGCGCUACAAUACAAGAUAAUGAGCAUGACCGACGCUGUCCUGUAGAUGCUGUUAUUGUUGCAAAGGUCUAUAGAGUAAAUUUAUAUAUUAUGCAGUAUAUCCGAGUGGCUGUGUUAUUUUAAUAUUUAACUAACAAUGAUGAAUGUUAUUCUUGUGGCAUUUAUAGCGAUUGACAGAAGGGUAGUAAUAGGUAAUGUGCUGUUGAAGUGAGCUUGAGCUGUGCUUUGCCUUCUGUUUUGUUAAUAAAGUUUUUACCCAAGUACUACAGA